AGAUUUCAGAAAAAUCGAAUAUAAAUUCAGAAUAAACAUAUUGUUCCAAGAUUAAAAAAAAAAAAAAAAAAAAAAUCUCAAAUCGAACUCUACGAAGAUCGAAAAUUAAGUACCAAUUUUCACCCAUACUGCUAAUUUACACGUAAUUAGAGGGCAUAAUUCAUAAAUAUGUUCUUCAAUUGAUAAUUAAAAAUUCAAUCUCUCUCUCUCUCCACGCUCGAUCGUCUUCGGUCUGGAGAUUCCGCCGCUUCACUCGCGGCCGCCGUGAAAACAGCCUUCAGCCACCGCUCAGGCCGCCAUUGCAACCCCUAGCGCCGCUCAUUUUGGUACCCACCCACCCCCUGUGCACUUGAUACAAAUGGACUCUCCUAAAUGGAGAAAAGUUGCUUAUGGAGGAAUGCAGCCCGGUUUUGAUGACAACCACACCGACGAAUCUUUCCUCGAAGAAAUGAUUAUGAACGCUAACGUCGUCAAACGAGACUUGGUCAAGGUGAUUCUCGACUCGGUUUCAAUCUCGCAGUACUUGUGCAUUGUUUCGCUCGUUGUUUUAGUUUGGACUUAUACUCUAAGAUCCAUAUUUACCGAAACGUCCCUCCUUUUACUCGAUAUUAUCCUUCUCUGUUCGGGUUUCUUGAUUGUUCUUCUAACAGCAAAAAGGCUAUCUUUUGACCUGCUCGUCAGUUAUUUUCUCAAAACCUCGUUCUUCAUAACGGGUUUGUACGUUUUAUCGCCCGUUUAUCAAACGUUGACUCGGUCGAUAAGCUCGGACUCAAUUUGGGCACUAACAACUUCUCUCGUCGUACUCCAUUUGUUUCUUCACAACUACUCCGAUUCCACUCUCGAGUUUACGAAUUUCACGAGCAAUAUUUCUCUCAAUGCUUCUAUAGUUUCUUCGCUGUUGAUCGCUUCGAGGCUUCCGUCGAGGCUGCAUGUUUUCGCUAUCGUGCUGUUUUCGUUGCAGGUUUUCUUGUUCGGUCCGUUUGUUGGUUACUGCGUAAAGAAGUACUCGUUUCGGUUGCAUUUGUGUUUCUCGUUUGGGUUGAUGGUUUUGACUCUUUUUUUGGUUUACGGUUUGCAUCGGUUGCUGUUUGUUUUGCUGUUGGGUAUAUUGGUGUUUGUUAAUUUGGUGUGCCCUUAUUGGCUCAUUAGAAUUCAAGAGUACAAAUUCGAGAUCAAUGGUCCGUGGGACGAGGCGAAGCUCUGUUUUAACAUAUCCGAGUGAAGCUGUUCGUUUUUUCACACGGCUUGAAUCGGAUACUACAAAUUUAUCGAAAAAGUCGAAAAUCGGAAAUUAUCGACUCUGAGUUGUGGUCUUUUAUAUUAGUUUCUUGAUAUUUGUCGCAGCACAUGUAAUGGUGUCUCUCGGAAAGUUCGAUAUUAUUUUUUUUAGCAGUAGAUUUUUUACGGAAGGUAAUUUUGUUCUGCGGUGAAACAUUGUAGAUUUUUUACGGAAGGUAAUUAUGUAUAUAUAUAAUUAAAAUGUAAGUAUUUUAUGUAAUGAAUCAUCAUAGAUUUCAGUGCCAUGAAAUUAUUUGUGAGCUACAAACAUAGUUGAUCUAGUAAAAUC